GUUUAUCACUUUCUCCCCCUCAUGUUGCUUAGGUAUUUGCACUUGAUGCAGUUUAUCUCUUUGUCGCUUAAACAUCGAUUUUUUUAAACAGCCGAUUAAUCAGUAUGACGAUCCAUAUCCAGAUAUACACGGAUAAGACUAAGAUGAGCUUCAAAGAAACACUCAAAACUAUUUUAGUCGAACUUCAGAUACCGUGAGAGAGAUUAUGACCGGCAGAGAAUUACAGGAAGAACCAAUCCACCAGAUACAUCAACUGUAGCUCAGCAGCACGAAGGAUAGCAUACAUUGAGCACCGGGAAGUAAUGAACUGUAGAAGCAGUGAUGGAACUGGGAAAGCAUUAACUUGAUGUUUUAGCGGGUGAACGUAUCCUUUGAAAGCACACACAUAAUCAUACUACAGACACUCUGACAAAGACAGCAAUGUCUUCACUUAUAAUGGAGAUCUCAUCUGAGAUAACAUUAACCAUGUACAAUUUGAAAAACUACAGAUUUGAUGAUUUUGGGAAAAAAAUUUCAAAUACAAAACUGAUAGAUCAAAUAACCUUCUAUUUACUAAUCAUGAAUGCCUUGUAAACCACACUGCUCAUCUAAGUAAUCAUCUUCACAGCUGCUGGAGCCUUGACUAUAGUUACGGCAGAAUUGAAGGACCCUUAUAGAGGACCCAAUGGAGAACCUUCACAUGGAGGGAACUGUAUUAAUGAUGAUUCAACUUACGGUCAACUCGGUGGUAACAAAAACUGGUUGAUUGUAACCCUUCAGGAGCAGGCUCAAAUUACCAAGGUAGAGAUAUAUGCACCAGACUCUGAGACCCCUCAGACUGCUAUAAAGAAUGCCCGCAUUUAUGUAAAGGGAUCAACAGGCAGAGUCUUUUGCGGAGUAGCAAAUCUUCAGACCCAAUCCGGAAUCCUGUUCAACGGAGUGAAUCGUAUGCGCUACAAAGUUAACUGCCAAGGGUCUCCAUCCGGGAAUCAAAUUCACAUCCAAUCAUCCAGAAACAGCAAUUAUAUGAAAGUAGCCAGAGUUGUGAUUUUUGGGAUUGACGGAGCUGCUGCUCCUGCACAAAUAUUCAAUGAAGACAAUGUAGGAGACCCUGCUGUACUUGAGAGAAGAGAUGAUGGAGUAAAGGUGUGGAAACCAGAAAUACAGGAGCCAGUCCCCUUCGAAGUGUUAGAAGAACUUGGCCAGAAAGAAAAUGCAGUUGAGACUCCCAUUGGUUAUUUUGCUUAUGCUGGUUACGUGGACUAUUCAUUGGGCCUGGAUACAAAUGCAGAGGAAACCAAACCAGACCAACCUAAAGAAAACCAAACCAAACCGAAUUUUGGUCAGAAUGAUUUACAAACAGCAGUUUCUUCAUUUCUCCGCUUUAAUGGCUUUGUCGAAGAUGGAGAGAUAACAGAUGAAAUGAUAGAAUUCAUGCAGAAGGAAAGAUGUGGAAAUGCUGACCUAGCAAUAGGUCAGGAUGAGGAUAAGUGUACUGACGAGUCAAGUAAAAUUAACACACCAGCUAAUCAAAAGGCAUUAGUUUCCUUCCUGAUACCAGGCAGAGAGUCGACAGAGAGAGCAGAACCUGAAUCAUAUUAUUUGGAAGUAGACGUAAAGUUCAACAAUGUUAGAAACGGACGAAGUCGUUCUAUUUUCCUUGGUUUUAACUAUCAAGCUGAAAGUGCAAACGGAGGAGACAAACCUCUAGAAAUAGUGGCUUUGAGAUUCUUGAAUAAUAAGCUUUGUGUACAAUUCCUCACUUUAUUUGAUGGUCAAUUUGUCUCAAACCUGGUUUCUAAGGAAACUGUGUUGGAAUCAUGCUACACCCCUAACUCAAAUGAGGAGAAAACACUUUCUUUUAAAGUCAGACUGGACGUGUACAAGGACAUGGCAGGGAUUUUGGGAGUAGCAUCUCUUUCAAUAAAAGGAAAAGAAGUGGCUAAAAAUGUAUAUAAGACUGGAAUAAUUUCUUCGGCUGUGGUGAUGAGAGAUCAAGGUGACAUUGAGGUCACUUUGUCCCGAAUUUGUAAGAGGUGGACAUUAUCUGAUGAUGGUUCAACUAGACGUAUCAAACCAACCCGCAGAAAGCGUUUUGCAAUCUCUAAGCAUAAAUGGGAAACUGCUGAAAACCUUAUAAGAUUCAAUUUUCAGAAUUACAGUACCGCACUAGGGCAAGAGGGCACAAGGACUGGGGUUAUCGAUGCAUUACAACUUUUUUCUGAUGCAGCUGGUUUCAAUUUCCAAGAAGUGGUUCCAACAGCGACAGCUGAGAUAGUGUUCAUGUUUAUCAAAGGUAUUCAUGCGGACCAGAAAACCUUCCACGGUAAUGGAGUCGAGAAAGCUCAUGCCUUUGUUCCAACUCACAGUGAAAUUCAUUUCAAUGAUUUCGAGACGUUUACUAUGGGACAAGCAGAUGGAGCAACUAGCAUGUUGUAUGUUGCUGCCCAUGAAAUUGGGCACGCUCUUGGAAUUCUCCACUCACCACAAGCGGAUGCUUUGAUGAAAGCAGGAUAUCCACUUAACGUACGCGCAUUUAGCUUCCAGCAUCUGCAUGAUGAUGAUGUCAGAGCAGUCAAAACAUUGUACCCAGAACUCUCUGGUACUGGAAGACUAGAAAAGUUAUCAACAGUAGCUAAGGAAACAAAAUACACACCCAAAAUCCCAUUUCCAACAGAAUGCUACUCUCAUAUAGAUGCUGCUCUACAAGUAAAAGAAUUUGCAUUUAUUGUAUCUGGACCAACAAUUUGGAAAAUGAGGGAAAGAGUCUGAUGCGUGGUCUAAAUUUGAUGACUAUCCUAAGAGAGUGACAAGUGUAUUUCAACAAGCGAUUGGUGGAGUGGAGGCUAUUUUUAAAGUUGAAGCCAAAAGCGAUAUAACUAAAUUUUCAGCUUUUGUGCUUCAUGGCAACAACUUGAUAUCUAGAUACAACAUUCUCCUACGUGACAAUGCAGAACCAUUAAUUACCAUUAAUUGGUCGGGGAAAGAAAGGAAUAGUUUUUUGACUAAAGGAAAGACUACAAUUGACCAAACAAUUAAAGCAGCAUUCACAUUUGGAGACAAAACUAUACUAGUAGCAGAUGACUUGCAAAGUUACUUUGAGCUAUCUUGGAGAUUCAGACCAAAAGAUGGGGAGCCAUUGUUAGCUGGUAUAAAAAAACUAACUGAUAUGAACAAAUUAUUUGGACGAUCGCCUCCAAAAGCAUUUAAUGCUGCCAUGACAUUUAAAGUGGUUGGAGAAGACAAGGAAAACAUAUACCAGUUUAGAAAGGACGUCGUGUAUCAAGAAGAACCGUUCCCAAAUCACAUCACCGAAGGCGUAAAUGCUACGCGUACAUGGAAUAAAGUCCCAGACCAUUUCAAAAUCGCUGGAUGGUGUCCUAUAGACUGGUAGUUAACAUAAUAUAAUAAACACCAACAUUUACACCAACAUUUUUGUUUCCUAUUUUGAUGAAUAAUACAAUUGAGCCAUAUUAUUUUUGAUAUUUGUGAUUUGAGCGAAUAAUAUGCAAUAUUUUGGUCAUUCGAACAUCAGUCAUUUUGCAUGAAAUAUAAACUUAAAUUCAUAAUUUAAAAUUCAAUAAACAAUACAUUUUUUAUAUAUAUAGAGGGGGGGCCAAAAGUCAGUACCCAUACGUUGGGUCUUAUACCACCGCCUUGUUUUAUAUUUGAGAGUUGUUGCUUUGCAGAUGGC